UCUAUAGAUCAAUUAUGCAACAGAUUAUCGAUUUAAAUUUGAGAAGGUGAUGAGCCAAUACAAUGAUGAUUGUGAUGAUCAACAAAUGAUUUUGAAAAAUCAUCAACAAUGUUGGAAUAUUCGAGUGAUAUUACUGGUGGUCUUACGACCAAACAAGCUGUUUAUAAAUUGUAUAAAGAUAUUAAAGAAUUUCUCGAUGAUUUAGAGCAGCCUCAUUUAUACAAUGUUCAAUCAUGGAGAUAUGUUCUUAGUCAAGCGUAUUCAAUCAAAAGUAUACAUUCAACAUUUCGAUGGACAUCGAUAAUUUUUCUUAUUUCAUCGAUCAUAACCUAUUUGAUUGCAUUUGAAUUCGGUCAUUUUACUUCAUCCAUACCAUUAGCUAUUGAAAAUGUCAUCUUAGUAUUAGUAUUGAUAUUGAAUAUUGGAAUCAUUUAUUGGAGUUCGAAAUCUCGUCACACAGAGCUUUAUGACAAAGCAGUUCGAUUAGCCGAAAAAAUUCGUGAUUGUGCCAAUAAUGAACAAUUAAUGAAUCAAUGGGCGACACAUAUAUUCUAUGCUAAUUUAGCAACACCGGCUUCACCAUGUAUUUCGAUACAGCGAACAUAUCGUGAUGAUAAAUUAGUUAAUCUUCCUGUAUCACUUUUGGUUAAAGGUGAUGUGAUCUAUUUGGAACCUGGACAUAAAGCACCAGCCAAUUGUCGACGUAUCGAUAAAGUGAUUAAACGUGGCAAAAAGCUAAAUGAUUAUCAUUUUUAUGAUGGUGGAAAUGAUCAAUUUCCACACGCAACUUUAGAUCAUGCUUAUACCUAUGUAUUUCUCGAUGAUGAGAUUGGCAAAGAUGCUAUACUUCAUCGUGAUGAAAUAUUUGCGCCCAAGGUUGAUAAUGAACCAGAAACAUUUACCGUUCCAAGAUUUCGUAAAUCAUUAAAACCAAGUAAAUUUUUGCUCAUUGAAACACCCUAUGUUACGGAUUUAAAAACGGCAUUGUCACUACAAUCACAGCAUGGUCGAAAACCGACAGCGUUUGAGAAAGAAUUUCGAUUAAUUUUCGUUCGUUAUUUGGAACAUAUAUUGGUACCGAUCAUAUUCAUUAUCGUACUUGGUUUCAGUAUUGUACAUUAUUGUUAUGUGGAAUUUACUGGAAGUCAUUUCGAUACAACAGCAGCUACAAUAGCUUUGAUACUAUUACGACCGGUAAUGACUAUAUUACCAUUAUUACCAUUGGCAUUGCCAUCACUAUGGUUAAUUUUGAACGUUUAUGGUCUAAUUAGAUUGGAAAUAAUUUACAAAUAUUUUCAUAUGAACGAAGAUAAACUUUUAAAAUCUGGAAAAUCAUCGGAUUCAUUUAGGGAUUAUGAUUUAAAUACGAAUAUCCAUUUGACAGAAAAUCCUUUGUAUCAAAAUAAUUCUGCAAUUCGUCGCGAACAUCUUCUUGAAGAAAUUGAUCCAGAUCAAAUACGAAUGAUACCAACAGAAAAUUUAAUGUUACAAAAAAUUCUGAAAAAAAUUUUCUUUUUUUUCUCUAAUGAAAAUGGAAAUUUAUGGAGAACGGCCAAUCUAUUGCAUGUAUUGGGAAGUAUAACUGCCUUGUGUUGUGUAGAUAAAAAAGGUAUUCUUUCGUGGCCUAAUCCUAUCGCCGAUAAGGUAUUUUUCUUGUCAUCGGCUCAAAAUCGAAAGAAAAAUUCUACUGAAUACGAAAAUUUUAAUAACAAUGUUGAUAAUGAAUUUAACGAUUCAUCUUCAUACACUCAACAUAAUCAAAGCGGUAAACGGCAUUCAGUUCUUUCAAAUGUUUCUCGUGCUGAAUGUGUUCAACUAGAUAUAACACUUGAUCGUCGUAAUCCAUAUGGUUUACAAUUCGAUGAUAUUUAUUGGAAUCGUUAUCUUUCAAAUCUAAAACCACUGGGUUUGGCGAUUUUGUUGAAUACUUGUAAUCCUGCAACGCAAGAUGAAUUUAUUCGUUACAGUGAUCAUAUCGCGUGUGAAUCGCUUGCCAAUGAAGUUGCUGUUCCGGUCGUUAGUAAACGAUGUCUUUGUGAAUUAGCUAGACAAAUUGGAUUCACGGAAAAUGCAAUCAAAGAUUAUCAAUAUUGUUACCAGAUCGGCGUUUUUCGUCAUAUCCGUCCUGAAGUGAUCAAGAAAGGAAAAUUGGCAAAAUCAUUGAAUUUUUCUCGGCUACGAAUGCCAUUCCCGAAUAUGACCUGUGCGGUUAUUUGUGAUUCAUUUUCCAAUACUUGUCAGUUGCUUUCACAAGGGACUGGUGAUUUAAUCCUUGAUUCCUGUGCCGAAUAUUGGAACGGUCAAGGUUUGGUUUUGCUUACCGAUUAUGAGAGGAAAAAAAUUCUCGAUUUUUACCAAAGAUCUUCACUUACAUCUUAUUGUUGUUCAUUUUCUUACAUUCCUGUUAUCAAUGAAAGUGGAACAACAGCUAAUAAUUCGGAAACCUCUAAUUUUUAUAAAGAGUAUUAUGUUGAACUGCCACCGGACAGCAGUCAUUUGUUUCCAUCACAACGAAGUCUUGAUUCACAUUUUCGUGGCCUUGGAAUCGAUUCACAUUAUUCAUUUUCAAAUACUAGUCAUCAUAAUUUCGAUUCAUGCAAUGAAUCAUUCGAUCAUUCCAUGUAUUUAAAUUUGGAUUCUAAAUUAAUUGGACAUCAUCUAAGUACAGAUUCAAUUUCAAAACAUGGAACUUUUACACCUGGCAAUAAUAGUAAUAACAAUGAUUCGCCAUCAACUAGAUCUAAAAAAGGAUCAAAAGAAGAUCUAGAGAAACCUAUUGUGAACAAUGAUGCUACAGCUGCCGAACCAGAGCGAUCAUUUAAAGCGAAACCAAUUGUUCAUGAAACACAAACACAAAAAUUGGAUCAAACAAUGAAAAAAGUAAUCAAUGAAGUUUUCAUCGGUAUGGCUACAUUACAAUAUCAAGCUUGUUCGGAUUUUGUCCGUCUUGUAGAACUAUUAGAUACAGCUUGUAUUCGAUUUGUUCAUUUUUCAAAAGAAAAUGAACUAAGAAGUCGAGUGUUUUCGGAGAAAAUGGGGCUUGAAUCCGGUUGGAAUUGUCACAUUUCUUUGUUAAAUGAUUCGAUUGGACAUUAUAAUGCCAAUAAUGAUAACGAAUCAAGUGCCGAAAAUAGUGAGCAUAAAAAAUCAAAGCAUUCCGACAAUUCGGCAGCUCACAUCAAACAUAAGAUGAAUCAUCGAAUGUCGAUAACAAGUAUCAAUUCGUCUGACUAUUCAUCAAGUAGUGAUUCGGAAGAGGUUCCAAUUAGUCAUGAAUUGCCAAGACCACGACGUAAACUUAAUUCUGUUUGUUCGGAUCGUUCGGGCAGUUUUCAUAUUCGUCAUGGGUUAACUCGAGCAAAAGAGUUUCGAAGUUCAAGUAAAGCUUCGAAUACACAUCGUCAACUCUCACCAUCGCCCAGUCGUAAUACAACAGCCAGUACAAUGACCGAACACGAAGCACCCAUAACAUUCGAUAUGUCUAAUCGUGCCAAAUUACCCAAAGGAAUUGAUAAUAUUAGACCACAUCUGGAAAAUGUAGACAAUGUACCAUUAUUAGUAUCAUUGUUCACUGAUUGUACACCGGAAGCAACGAAAGAAAUGAUAAAAAUCAUGCAAGAAUAUGAUGAAGUUGUCUGUGUGAUCGGAAGCAUGGCUAAUGAAUCGAACAUGCCAAUUUUCAUGCAAGCUGAUGCCAGCAUCGGGAUUGACCCAAUGUAUCCACACGUUUGUAAGACUGAACCCGUUCGACCUAUUGAUCGAAUUCCGGUACCAAAUGAAUUUCAGUUUAUUUACACACCAACACAAUUAGCCAAUGAAUUAAUAGCCCUACCUUGUUCUAUGACCAUGGAACGACACAAUGCAAUCAUUUUUUAUUAUUUGAUAUUAAUUGCUCGUGAUUAUAUGAUGAGAAUGCGAAAUGUAUUUCAAUUUUUUCUCAGCUCUUGCCUAAGUAUUUCGUUAGCUCAAAUGAUUACUUCAUUAUUAUUUCUACCACCGCUUAUUUCACCUGGUAUUGUUCUAUGGCUUUCAAUGAUUGUCAUACCAUUCUUGAGCGUUUCACUUAUGGGCAUAAAACCAGAUCCAACCGUAAUGACUGUAGCUACCGGGAAAAAAUUACAUCUUAACAAAGAGUCGAUUGUUUAUUUUUUUCUUUGCUACAUAAUCAAAUUUACACCUUCAGUUGUUAUUUGUGUGAUUAUGUUUGCCAUCAUAAUUGGCACAUCAUGUGAACAGACCAAAGUUGGUCGAUCUACAUUAGGUCCAUGUUGGAUGUUUAGUGAUCUCAAGGCUGAUGGUGAUAUCAAAACGGAUCUAAUUUGGUCGUCUCACUUACUAAUCGGACAAACUAUUGCAUCGUUGUUCUUGGUUUUAUAUCUGGUGAUAAUAUCAAUUGGUUUCGUGCAUCGUAACCAUCUUUUAUGGCAACGAUAUCCAUUCGUUAAUUAUUGUUGGUUGGGGACGUCAGUCAUUUUGAUCUUUUGUCAUUUAAUCGUCUGUUUGAUUGAAAUCUACAUCUAUGUGCCUGAAAUAGAGAUAACUGAACAUUUCAUCGAGAUCAUUCCGUUUUACAUUUGGAUAAUUGGAUUUUCUUGGCCAAUUCUUUUGAUGACAAUCAAUGUUUUUGCUAAAAGAAGAGAGAUAAAAAUCAGUACUCGUCAACAACGUAGAGCUCGUUUAGAUUUUGGCACUAAGCUUGGUAUGAAUUCACCGUUCUAAUCACCCGAUCAUUUGUUGGAUAUCACCAUUGUCAUUCUCUAUUACUUUACGAAUGAAUAUCUUGCAUUUUAUAAUCCUGUUUUCAAAAUGUUCAAUUCAAAUCGUGAUUUUG